CAGAGCUGGUUCGUGUUGAAGUGAACAUAAACCUCGUUGUUUUACUGAAGAAUUCUUCCAAAAUUCAACUAAAAUCAUGAGUUUAGACAACGAGCAAUACCUCAGAGGGAUUCAGAGAGAGUAUCUUGACUUCCUUGACGACGAUGAGGAUCAAGGGGUGUACCAUGGCAAAGUGAGGGACAUGAUCUCUAGAAAUCAAUGUCGUCUGAUUGUGAAUGUCAAUGACCUGCGGCGAAAAAAUGAGAAACGAACAAACCUAUUACUAAAUAAAGGAUUUGAAGAGCUUUUGGCAUUUCAGAAUGCAUUAAAGGAGUUUGUAGGCACCGUUGAUACAGCUUACGGUAAAAAAUACGAAGAAUUCUUUAUUGGUUUUGAAGGAAGUUUUGGUUCUAAACAUGUCACCCCCAGAUCACUAUCUUCAAGAUUUCUUGGCUCUGUAGUGUGCCUUGAGGGAAUCGUUACAAAAUGUUCAUUGGUCAGACCAAAGGUGGUACGCAGCGUGCAUUACUGUCCUAAGACCAAGAAAACACUAGUGAGAAGAUAUACAGAUAUGACAUCACUAGAUGCAGCACCAACAAGCUCUGUCUAUCCCACAAAGGAUGAAGAUGGGAAUCCAUUAGAGACUGAAUAUGGCCUUUCAACAUACAAGGAUCAUCAAACAUUCACUAUUCAGGAAAUGCCAGAGAGGGCACCAGCAGGGCAGUUGCCCAGAUCAGUGGACAUCAUCGCCGAUAAUGAUCUUGUCGACAAAUGCAAGCCUGGGGAUAGAGUACAAAUAGUUGGUACUUUCCGUUGCUUGCCGUCAAAGAAGGCUGGAUUCACAGCGGGUACAUUCAGGACCGUGUUGAUAGCUAAUAAUGUUCAAGUCAUGAGCAAAGAAGUUGCACCCAACUUCUCUGCAGCAGACGUUGCAAAGAUCAAGAAGUUCAGCCGCAGCAAACAGGAUGUGUUUGAGAUGUUGUCCAAAUCCCUUGCACCAUCCAUUCAUGGUCAUGAGUACAUCAAGAAAGCUGUUCUCUGCCUCCUUCUUGGAGGCUCUGAAAAGAUCCUUGAAAACGGCACCAGACUUAGAGGAGAUAUCAACAUCCUUCUGAUUGGUGACCCCUCUACUGCCAAGUCACAAAUGCUCAGAUAUGUUCUACAUUGUGCGCCAAGAGCCAUCCCAACCACUGGUCGAGGAUCAUCAGGGGUGGGUCUGACAGCUGCCGUCACUACUGACCCUGAAACAGGUGACCGUCAUCUUGAAGCAGGAGCCAUGGUGCUUGCCGACAGGGGUGUGGUUUGCAUUGAUGAGUUUGACAAGAUGAGUGACAUUGACAGGACAGCGAUCCAUGAGGUGAUGGAACAAGGCCGUGUUACUAUUGCCAAGGCUGGAAUCCAUGCCAAGCUGAACGCUAGGUGUAGUGUGCUUGCUGCCGCUAACCCUGUAUAUGGAAGGUAUGACGAAUACAAGAAUCCCAUGGAUAACAUUGGCAUGCAGGAUUCUUUGCUGUCCCGUUUUGACUUGCUGUUUAUUGUCUUGGAUCAGAUGGACCCUGACAAUGACAGAAGRAUUUCUGAACAUGUCUUGCGAAUUCACAGGUUCAGAAAGCCUGGCGAACAAGAGGGGGAAGCUCUUCCAUUUGGAGAAGCAUCAGACAUCCUGUCUACCCGAGACCCAGAAGCUGAAGAAGAAGACGAGGAUACACCCAUAUUUGAGAAGCAUGACCCCAUGUUAUAUGGUCCACGCAAGUCUAAGAAUGACAAAUUUAUUUCACUUGCAUUUAUGAAGAAGUAUAUCCAUGUUGCUAAAGCCAUUAAGCCUGCCUUGACAAAAGAAGCUGCUGAUAAGAUAUCCAAAGCCUACUCAGAAUUAAGGGAUCAAGAAAAUGUGUCCAACGAAAGGGCAAAGACUACCCCUGUAACAGCAAGAACACUGGAAACCUUGAUCCGCCUCUCAACAGCUCACGCUAAAGCAAGAAUGAGUAAAACUAUUACUGAGAAUGAUGCUGAAGCUGCUAUCAACAUGGUCCAGUUUGCUUACUUCCACAAGGUGGAGAGAAAAGUAAGCAAGAGGAAGCAGCAGUCAGACACAGAAGAGAGCGGCACAGAGGGAGAAGACACAGGGGAUGAGGGAACACAGAGAAAGACCAAAAAGACAUCGAAGACACCUAAGAAAGCAAAGAAGCAGAAGGUCCCUAAGAAGAAAGAAGGAGAAGAAGGCUAUGAUCCAUUUGAUUUUGAUAGUGAUGAAGAAGAGGGACAAGAGGAUGUUGUGGAGAAAAUAAAGAAGCGUCGCUCAUCCAAGCCAAGUGCUGAUGACAGCCAGGCAGAAGAACAAAUGGACACAAGUGAAGCAACACAAGGAACAAUAACAGAUGAACGACUUGCAAAGUUUAAAACCUCCUUGGUAAAUGCCUUCUCCACUGCUCAUGUUCAAUCCCUGCCUCUUGCUCAACUGAGGGAGUCGAUAAACAAAGACAAUGCUGACGCUAAGUAUGACGAGCUGGAAUUUGACGCAGCCAUUCAAAUCAUGCAAGAAGCUAACCAGAUAUAUGCUGCAGAUGACAAUGUAUUUCUUAUUUAACAUCCACAUUGAAGUAUGCAUUAGAGAUAUUUGUUUGCAACAUAGAGAGAAGGUAGUGGUGAUAAUAAUUGGUUUAUAUGUGUAUUUAAGUAUGCAUGGUUUCUAAUCAUUUUACUGCCAACGAUUUUUUUGGGGAUUUUCAUUGCUAUCAGUCAAAAAUUACGAUAGGUACUGACUGAUUAGUUUUGAUUGACAGCAGCAAAAAAACAAACUUUAGCAAGCACCUCACGACUUGGUAUGAAAACACCAGUAACAUGUUUUUACCAUGCUUUUUCUUGGUUUAAGAUGAAAUUUGAAACUAAAAGCAAAAUCAAGGCAGGAAAAUUAAUUUAAGCAUGUAUAAAGCAACAACAUCCAGUUCCUGUAAAACAUGGUAAAAACAAGAAUAAUAUUAAGCUAAACUUACACCCCAACCCAGUGUAUCCCAUGAUGCACUGGGGGGAAAAUGGUUCAAGUCACUAACUUGAUAUGUAUAUUGAGUGUACAUAUAUUUUUCAAUACCCAGUUACAAUGGACAUACUCGGUGGUGCCCGUAAUAACAAGCCUCCACAAUAUCGCAAGUUAUUUACAGGCAUUUCUUUGUCAGUAUUUUUUCACCAGGGAUUUUGCUUCUGUCUGUAAUAUUGGGGUGCCUACGAGGCUAGAGUUGACUGUAGAUUGUAAUCUUUUGAAGCUUUAUUCUAUUUCCUGGAAAGUAAUACUUUAUAUUACCAGCAACUUUGUUACCCUACUUUAGGUUACUUGAAGAGUCACACCAUAUAUCUGUGAAACAUUUACUAGCUAUGUAAGUGCUUAAAAAUAUUUAGUUAACAAUUAUUUAGUUGUAAGAUAACUUAGAAUUCACUCAUAAACCAAAUAAAGACGAAUUGAGGUA